AUGUGAAAAGUGUUAUCUCCCUUACAAAAAGAAAAUGGAGUCUCUCUACACUUUGUUCAAGGUACAACUUCCCAAAUAUUUAAGAUCUCUGCCGCUUCCCAAAAAUUUUGCAGGAUUUGCAAAUACCAAAAGUGAGGAAUGGUUUGCCUUGGUGCCUUUCUUUUUGACUGUGACAUUUAUUCUGUAUGCAAUGAUUCAUACGAUAUGCAGUCGCCGUCGCCGCAGAGCAGUUCCAAAGCCUAAGGUCAAUCUAUCUCUGAUGAAAGAAGACCCUAAAGUGGUUACUCAGAUGGACAUUGAAGAUCUUGGAGACAAAAUUGCAUUCUGUAGGUGCUGGAGAUCAAAGAAGUUUCCACUGUGCGAUGGUUCUCACAACCAACACAAUGAAGACACCAAGGACAAUGUUGGCCCACUUCUGCUGCGUAGAGGAGAGGAAAAAUAAACACAGAUAGCCUGCACUGAGUUGUCUCAUCUGGAAAUGUCUGUGCUUCAAGGUUGUUUGGUUCUUGGUGAGUCUAGAGGAAAAAAAUUCCAUAAACCAAUUUGUAAACAAAGUUGAAAUGUACCAAGUGUACUCUACACAUUUUGUGUCGGUGAUGUCUACACUGUAGUUUUGUGUUAAGAAAAGAAGUAAUUAAACCCAGCAGCACUUAUCAAACAACUUACGACUUACACAUGAUGUGACUAUAUCUAUAUACAUGCUUUAAUCUUUUAUUAGUACUAUGAAGUUGUGAGUCGAUGUGAAAAAUUUUGUUUAUUACCUUUGUUUGUAAGUCUGCUCUCAAACAUGCAUAUAUAAAAUUACUAUUGAAUGUUUAAAGGGUACAAGGCUUAGAGAUUGAAUGUUUAAAUUUGGGUUUAUCUCUGAAAGUCUACAUGAGAAUAUGUUUGUGUGUUUGAGAUUGUUUACAAACUAUGCUCCUAAUAGUUAUACAGCUCAAUACUCAACGUUGUUGAAACCCAUCCAGCAUUUCUGUUUGUUGUGUUGAAGCUGUUCAUUGCAUGCUUUCUGUUAUUUUAUGUUGAUCAAAUGUUGUUUGCUAUUUUCAUUUUCCUUGCCUUCUAGUGCUUUCUGAAUUAUUUUCCUUUUUUUAUGUAACACUUUUUAUUGCAAAGAAAUGGUGAGUGUAACUUUGAGUUACUUCUGUACAAAUUGUUAUAGAUCUGGUUGAAUGUACACUUGAAUAAACUGCCAUGUAGAGUACAUUAACAGUAGAUUAUUAUCAUAAUUGUAGGUCAGUAUAACUAUUAGUUUAUUGUAAUAGAUGAUUAGAAUUUUGUAUUAAUUACUCUAAAUACAAUUUAAUUAAUUUCGUUCGCUGUCUUAUUAGUUAGUUUCAUUGUUGUACUAGUAUACUAGAAGUAUCUUUAGUAAACUUCGUUUUUGUUAAUUUAUUUUUUUUUUUUUUUUUUUUUUGUAAUUUGAUUACAAUCAUUCAAAACGAAAUGUAAUGGCAAUAACAUUGUGUUUUUGUUUUCUAUCUUAUGAAUCUUGAAGUUGUUGUUUUUAAAGGUAUUUUUUUUUUACAUUCCUAACAAAUUAUUGUUUGAAUUCCUCUUGAGACGCAAUGAUGAAAACUUUUUUGUACUUUGUUGGAAAUUUUGCUUUAAUGCAAUCUUGGAAUAAAUAUACUUAUAAAAACCAAA